UCCUAAACCCUAGAGCACUUUCCGCGCUGGGUUUUGGUUUGACCUGUACCGCCUUAGUUUUGCAGAGUGAUUGAGGUUUGGGUAGAAGUCGGAACUGGCGAAGCGCAUGGUAGUAGUGGAGUAGUUUUGUCGUUGGUAGGGUUUUCAGCUUGCAAUUCUUUCCAGUGGUUAAUAGGAAUUAGCAGCCAUGCUUCGUAUAGUGAAGCCCAAGACGAAGAGGGCAAAGCGGGAACUAGAGAAGCGAGCUCCCAAGCUUGAGGAGAACUCGAAGAAGCUGCUGCUCUUGCACGGGACCAAGACCACUGCGAGUAUCAAGCAAGUGUUAUCGGAUUUCUACCACCUUCGCAAGGAGGGUGGGAAGGCUAUUAAGUACACGAAGAAAAAUGACGCGAUUCGACCUUUCGAAGGUGGAGGCGAGACAUCUCUGGAGUUUCUUUCCCAGAAGACGGAUUGUAGCUUGUUUGCGUUUGGUUCGCAUUCGAAGAAGCGGCCUAAUAAUUUAGUUUUCGGGCGCAUGUUUGACCACCAUGUUUAUGAUAUGAUGGAAGUAGGAAUAGAGGAUUUCAAGUCUAUUGAGACCCUUGGAGGAGGGAGGAAGGCUGCACCUCAAGCUGGGUCUAAGCCAUGCUUUGCUUUUGUGGGUGAGAAGUUUGAAUCAGACCCUAAGUUUCGUCAUUUCAAGGAGCUCAUUGUCGAUUUCAUGCGUGGGGAGGUCGUCGAAACGAUAAAUCUUCAAGGACUAGACAGAGUUUUUCUUUGCGUUGCUGUUGGAGACAAAGUUAUUUUCAAGCACUGUGCCAUUCGAUUCAAGAAGUCGGGCACUAAAGUACCCAGGGUAGAACUUAUUGAAGCGGGUCCUUGCAUGAACAUGGUUCUUAGAAGGAACCGGGAGCCUAGCACUGAUUUGCGGAAGGAGGCUAUGCGACUUGCACCGAAGACUUCUAAGAAGAAGGUCAAGAAUGUGAGCACGGAUUCCUUGGCUGGUAAGGUUGGGCGCAUGUACGUUCCCGCACAGGAGGUAGGUGACAUGGCCUUGACGAAGAUGAAGGGGCUGAAGCGGGAACGGAGGGCCGAAGCUGCUGCCAAGGCUUCUUCUUUGCGAAACAAAAGCGAAAGUGGUGGAGGUGAUGUGACAAUGGGAGAGGCAGAGAAUGAGUUCGCUGGGUCUCCCAAUAAGAAGCUGAAGAGCAAGGGCACGUAAUCUACCAAGGCAACCAUAGUGAGAUUCAGGACUCGUUUUGGCGAAUGAUAAAAAAAAAAGCUGCUGAUUCGGUUAGAGUUUUUAAGGCUUCAGAUUUCAUUAUAUAGAGUACAAUUAGCAACGAUUUAGUACAACUAAAUUAUAUCUAAUUUGAGAGUGCUAGAAGCUGGCCAUCAUAACCUUAAAUCCGAAGGUACGCACAAUGAAACAAUGUGCGAACCGGAAGCUACGUGCAAUUGUUUUGCAAAAUUGCACAUUACUGUUUUAUUUUUUUUUUCGCUUAAUUUAUGACCUGAGCAUUUUCUCAGAACGCGGCUUCCUUCUCUCUUU